UGGAUAAUUCGCAUUUCGCGUUUGGUUUUCGAUCAGCCCAUCGAUGAAUGAAGGGUCCAUCCGCUACACACGCACAGUCGCCAAGCCGAGCAGAUCCUCGCACUCGUCACACCACUCACACACAUACCAACCAUCGAAACCACAGCUCACUGCUGCCGCCCGCAUCUCACCACCACCAUCACCACCAUCGACAUGACGCCUCCCAGCCAUCUCCUCAUCUGCGUCAUGCACUUGGUCCACCAUCGGGUUGCCCCCUCCCUCUUGCUGCUGCUGCUGCUCAGGGGCCGCACGCGCACGAUUGACACUCACAAUGGGGUCGUCAGGUAUGGCCUGCUGCUGCUGGUGGAACGCCUGGGCGAGUGUGUGCGUCCGUUGCCAUUUGCUGACUCGCCGGUUGAGAGAGACCACAUCAGGUGCCUGGGACCCCCGCAGCUCCAUGGCGGUCGUGUAUGCGGCAAGGAAGGUGGCCGCUCGGUUGGUGACGGCCUCCUUGCUGGCCGCCGAUAGCUUGACGGGCUUCGGUGUUGGUGCUGGUGUUGGUGCUGGUGUUGGUGCUGGCGGCCGCACAGACGUCUGCUGCCGCUUUGGUGCCGGUGCGGCGGCUGGUGGUGGGGCCGGCUGGUCGUCGCCCUCGAGCAUCUGCUCCAGGAAGUCCUCCACUUCUUCUUCAUCCUCCUCCUCUUCAUGAUCUCGUUCUUGUCUUUGCUCUUGGUCGCCUCUCUCCCGCUGGUCCUGCUGGUCUAUCGGCAUCUCUGUCUCUACCUCGUCCAUCGCUUGACACUGUGCUUCGUCGACGAAAGGCUCCUCGUGCGGCUGCCGAAGGGCUCCUGUCUGCCGACUCGCCUCGGCCGCGAUGGUGUGGAUGGUGGAGACGAGGGCAAGACGGAGGGGCUCUGCAGCCAUGGGGCUGCACAUGACGGAAGUGGCGUCCUUGACAAGACAGUCCUGGUCGGCAAUGUCAGCCGAGAGGGCGAGAGACGCCAUGGCCAUGCGCAUGACCCCCGGCAGAGCGGAGGGCGGGUGAGAGGGGACACCACGACGGUGCACACCUGCACACAAAGCGACGACACAUGAGUAGUGAGUGUCGGUAUCGACAAGGGCGGGGUGCUGGGGGCCAGUGUACCUCUGAGUGUCCAUUCGCCCGAUGGGUAUUGGGGAGGCGCCGAUGCCGCCAAAAUCACGUCGCCGAGACUCCGCUGCACACAUGUGCACACACAAGUCAUGAUCCACGUGUUGCCUUUGUGACGCCCACCCACCCCCCACUGACCAUGCAGAGCUGCACGACGCAGUCGUGAAGGAUGGAGAUCUCCACUGCCGUGGUCUUGCGAUGCUUGGCCAUCGAGCUCUCCCGGUCCCGCUUGCCACCCGCAUCGGAGAGCGGCCCCUCCCCCUUGCUGCUGCUCCGCCUGUCGGGGGACAGGUCCCUGUCGCGCCGAGAGAUAUCAUACAUGUCGGGCGGCUCGGACGGAUCCCGAAGCUCCUCAUCCUUGAUAUGACACACGGAGAGAAGGAAUGACACACGGAAUGGUCCCUCUCUCUCUCUCUCUCUCUCUCGUGCCCCACAUUCCUGCAGACUCACCUUCUUGGUAGAAGGCGAUUCCUGCAGGAUGUCCUCGAGCGCGAUGAUCUCGUUCAAGUCGGUCCCCCCGCCCAUACUCGGCCGCGGCGAAGAGGGCGGCUUGGGCGACAUGGAGCCCCGACGGGCCAUGGGCGAUGGAGAGAGAGGGGGGAAUGGCAUCGAGUAGGUGCGUGAGGGGGAGGAAGGCCCGGCGAAGGACAGCUUGUCCAUGUCGGGCUCGGUCUCGAACUCCUCGUGGCCGCGAACGAUGACGUCCACCAGGCCGUGUGGUGGGUGUGGGUGUGGGUGCUCUGCUGCCUUUGGCUCGAUGAGGUUCAUCUGCAGGAAGUGCAGGCAUGUGGCGACGUCGCCGACGAGCCGAAGGAGACAGUCCAGACCGAGGUAGAUGAUGCCCUGACCACCACCCACCACAGACGGACGGACCCCAAGUGCAUUGAUUGCCUCUUGUUGGUCUGUCUGACCUGCAUGGCGGCGUACACAGUGGUGUAGGAGUGCUCUCCCGGCCGUUGCAGCACCUCUGCAUACCGCUUCUCAACACGCCUGGCCAGGCUCCUCACCUCAUUACCCUCCCCGCCGUCAGACAAGCCAAGGGAAGGCCCAUGACUGCACACGUGCAGUGUGUGUGCGUGUGUGUGUGGUCUGGUUAGGUCGUUAAUUGGGUGUAGACGUACGUGAGCAGCAGCCGGGCCACGAGGUCGACGGCGCGCCUCCUCAUGUGCAGCAGCAGCCUCAGCUUGUCGGGGUGCGAUGCCGCAGCUGCCUUGUCCACAAGCUGGUCUGCGUGCGUUGAGAGCAACCAACGGUACAGCGUCAAGGUGUAUGGCGUUCUAGCGUGUCCCCUGUGUGUCUCGCUCACUCUCGGCCGAAGGGUCGAGGGCAAAGGUGAGGGCAAUGUCAAGCACCUCCUCUGUCUGCACGCACACACGCACCGGACUGUCUAAGGCGCUCCCCCCCCCUCCUCACACACAUACGUGUCUCAUGAGCUCCAUGUGCAGCGUGGGGUUGUCCAGCAAGCCGCUGAAGGUGCGGAACAGCGCCAUGGCGUACUCGACGCUCCUCUCGGGGAUCUUGAGCGUCAGAAUCGCCGCCAUCUGCAAAGAUUCGAUCGCACAAGACACAACAGAGACAACAGAGAGAGCAGGUCAGGUGUGGCAUGCGGUGAACGAGCGAGGCCUUGUGUGUGCACCCGGCCUCCUCUGCAAAAAACACGCUGGGUGUCGGUGUUCGCACUUCAGUUUGCGCAGCCGGCAAUGACAUGAGUGGGCCAGAUGCAAUCAGGCGAGUGCGGCUGGCUGGCUGGCUCGCUGACUACCCAUGGGUAGCCCCCACCCCACCUGUGUCCUGGUGAAGUCGAGAACUUCAGGCACCAGCUGAGCCAUCCCACGCCCAAGUGCCAAUCGACCGAGCGCUGACAGACAGACGGACAGGUAGAGUAGAUGGAGCGAAGGAGCGAUGGGCUGUCUCGGUAUGAGUGACUUGUUGGGCGAGGGAAUGUGUUUGUGUGGUUUACCGAGCUUGACGUCGUGGUCGUCGAGUGUCGCCGCCCCCUUGGCCACACACCGCAGCUUCUCCUUGAGCAGCUCCCACUCUGCAUUAGCCUCCUGCACACACACACACACACACACAGUAGAUGCCCCUCCCUCCCUCCCUCCCUCCUUGUCUGUCCUUUCUCUCUCUCUCUGCCAGUGCAUGCACCCCAGGCACCAGGCUGAUGGACACGAGCUCCUCGGUGGGUUUGGGGUGAGACUCUGCAGCUUGGGCGUGUUUGUCGUGCUUGUCCCUCUUUUUCCUCUCCCUCUCCCUCUCGCGCCACCACCCCCUGCCCUUGACACACGGACCGAUCUGUGCGCGACCGCCCCUUCUCAAAGAUCGCUUUGUCGUCGGGGCCGUCGUUGUCUUGGGGCAGUUCUCCGCCGUGCCAGGCAUCUCACCGUCGACCACCAGCCACCGGGGGGCCUGCACACACACACACACACACACACACAGAACCACGUUGACACCAUUGAUACCUACAUGUAGACGCAAUGGGCAGACAAGACAAAAAGGGCGCUUACAAUUCGCUCCUGUGGGGGACACGGCGGCAUGGGCGAGGCGAGGACACUCGACAGACACACCGCCUGCAAUCCAAUCAGACGCGACACACACGCAACUCCAUCCCUGGUCGUUGCGGACGACGUAGGCAGGUACCUUACCUUCUUGACGCAUGCAAGCUCCUCUCCGCCAUUGGCCGGGCCAGCGGUACUAGGCAGAGGCCUGCGCUCGUAGAGCGGCGCCGACGGGUGUGGGUGUGGGAUGCCGCCCAGGACAAUGGCGUCUUGGUCCUGUGAUUGCAGGAGGAAGUUGAUGUGGUGGGGCGAGAGGGCCCUGGUCAGGUCGACGGUCCACCUCUCAAGCACCAUCUUCACUUGCUUGCGGAGCUGGCUCUCGACGAAGACGGCCAGCUCCCGCGCGGCGGCCCGGUUGACAGAGAAACCCUGCAGCAGAGCCAUCCGCUCGGCCAGCAUCGGGGAGAGCGAAAACCGCGGCCCAGGGAAACCAUCAUCUCCAUGGGCGGCGGUCUUGAUGGCCCUGCUCCCCCUGGCUGGCGCACGCAUCGGUGCUGCCGCUGCUGCUGGGGUCCGCUUGCUGCCCCUGCCCUUUGCUUUUUUGUUGAUGGGCCUCGGCCGUCGGGCGAAGAAUGGCGGCUCGGCAAGGAGGAAAUGGUGGGUGUGGUACUGGGGGGCCGAUGACGCGUCUGCGUCAGCAUCUGGUAGGUCCCAUGCGCCCGCCAGGCUGCCUGACGUCGUCCACUGCCAGCACCCCAGCGGCUAACGAACGCAUAGAGAGAGCAACACACGGACAUUCCAUUCAUGCCGCAACAGAAAGCCCCCCGCCCCUCUCUCAUCUCACAUACUCCGUUCCACGACGGCAGAGCAGUGUACACCUCGCCAGCCGCCAGAACGAACAGAGGGCCCACCACGCGCACAAACCGCUCCGCCUCCCGACCACACGGCACACCCAUGGCUGGGGCUAUGGCUGUGUGUGUGGUGUCGGUGUCGCCCAGGAGGUUCUCGGCUCGCACACACGUGUCGCGAACGUUCCUUCAAUCAAACAGCAACAGGCAGGCAGGCCGCGGUUGCGAUGGAUCAAGAUGCAGUGAAGGCUCCAUCUCACCUGAGUAUCCGGCGCGAGGCCUGGAAGGCCCUGGCGCGCAUAUCGGCGAGCACACCGGUGCCGCUGCUGCUGCCUGUGGGUGGGGGUGGUGCGUCGGCCUCGUCAGCCAUAAAGGGGGCGAGACCCGCCGGCCGCUGACGCUUCGAUGGGCCUGCACGAUGCUUGCAGCCACACAGUGACUGACAGGCAGGACCUUGCGUCUUUUCCUUUUUUCCUCUCUGCGCACCUGCUUUGAGGCUGGUCUUCGGCGUGGUCCUCAGGUGUGCCCGCAGCUCUUGUUGGGACCCGCCGCUCUCGUCCAUGACGGUCUCAGCAACGUCGAAGCGCACAGCGAUGGAGAGAGAUGACGGCUGGUCGCUGUCGGCGUGUGUGGGGCGGAAGCCGACGAGCUGGACGGAGACCUUCCAGAUGCCGAUCGGCGCACUGAAGGGGCAGCCCUGUGACGUACACACACACACGUGAUGUGAUGUUGACCUAUGCGGCCGUAUGUCGCUCGCUUACCCAAGGCGCAUCGGGGCCUUCCACCCUCUCGGCCAUGACCCUCCCCCACACCAGCCCCAUCUGCGUCUGAGCCUGCCGCAUCAGCACCACCGCCUCCACACUCAUGUCCAGCCACAGCUGCGGCAGCGGGGCCGCAGAUAGGGAGCCGCCAUCUCGCCUCGCCGCUCCCCCACCACCCCCUCCCUCCCGCACUUGUUCAAGGUAGGUGCGCCAGUCGCCCUCGCCGUUCUCGAACCUAAUCGUGGCCUCCUCCUUCUCCCGUGGCAUGGUCUUCCUGGGCCUGUUGGCUUCCGGUGGUCGGUCCAUGAUUUCACGCUGCUGAGCUCGCGCGUCAUCGACUGCCGACUGCCACAGAGGGGCGGGGGCGGGUAUGUCUUGGCUCGCUGCUGCUGCUGCUGUUGGUGAUGGUGCUGAUGGGAGCGGCCGAAAGCCGGACGACAGCAGCCGCUGUUGCCAUGAGUCAGGCAGCGACGCAGCCACCGGCAAUGAGGGCAGCUGGACGUUGAGAAGGACUGGUGGGUGCUGCCUGGUCCUGGGGUCGUCAGAGGGACGUCCGGGCGACACCACACGAGCCUGCCGGGUGUCAACCGGGGGCGGGGCAGGGGCUGGGAGUCGGAGUGGGGGUGCAGGCGGGGCGGUCAUGGCGUGUGUGCUGUGCGUCUUGGGCACCUUCGCCGGCCUCCGUUGCUGCGACGCCUUUCGUGGCGCAAUCGGCUUCCUUUUGUGCCUCAGAAGACCUGGCAAAGACACAACAGACAGGGGUCCGUCCAUUCCAGGUGCGUGUGUGUACCUUACCUUGAGCAACGGCGUUUGCCUUUGCGACAUGCCCCUCCAUGUCCCCUGUCGGUGGCUGGAAGAACUCCCUCACCUGGGCGUCGAUCCGCUUGGCCACCUUGAUCUUCCACUCGUGGCUGCUGUCCCGGCCCCUCUUGCCGGCACCCACACUCACCGUCUCCAUCUCUCUUGCCUCCUCGCCCUCACGCACCAUCUCACGGACGGCCAUCCGCUCGGCAAGUAGCAUCUUCAGACGCAGUGCCGAUGCGCUGUUGAUGUCCAGCCGUCCCUCGGCAGAGGGGGGCUUGAUGACCUCUCUGUCUGCUGAUGUGGGUCGUUGAAGUGUGUGUCGCGCGAUGGCGUCACUCAUGGCCUGCUGCACCCACUCGGCCCGCUCUCGCGCGUCCAUGACCGCUGCUGGUGUGGCGGUGUGGAUGGGCACUGAGCGGCAUAGGUACUCGUUGGUGCUGCUCAGGGUGUCGGCAGGGAGGGUGCACUCGACGAUGACCAGCCAUGAGAGGGGGUCUCGCAGCAGCUUCAGGCCGUCCACCUGGUCGACAACCACACCCGACAGCAUACCAUACACACACACAGAGGCAGACAGUUGUGCAUCGCCCUCCCUCUCUCUCUGUGAGUGGGGUUGGUGCAUCGGCUAGGCUGCUCACCUGUGGCAGCUGGUCGAUACAGGCGAGCACAUCGGGCGGCAGGGUCCCCCUGUGGUGCUCUCUAUCACCAUCCAUGUCGACGUCAUGCAUCAGGUUGUGGUCCUGAGGAUGAGUGCCGUUGACCAUGCCGCCACUCAUCGGGGAGCCUCUCUUGCCGGCGGCUGUCCCAGCCAUGUGCGCAGCGCCGACCAUGCCAAUGCGACUGAGCACGGUUGCGAAUGCGGCCAGAUCACUUGAUGCGCAGCCAGAGGGAUUGAUGCAUCUUCAACGAUUCUUCAUUCCCGUGGUGCUGCGGGGAGUCCUG